AUGCUGAAAAAACUAAACCCGCUACUUUCAAAUUCCUUCCUCCGCCCUGUGGCGCCACAACAUGUGUGCCGUUUCGGGACAUCGACACCCAAAGAUGACCCUUUCCAGUCAGGAUACAGUGCGUUUCUAGAGCGGAAAGUAUUACACCAGCAAAAAGAACAGCGAGUCGCGCAGCAUGUGAUCGAGCAGAGAAUCCACCUCGCAAAAAUAAAGCAUAUGGAGAGAUAUCAGACCCGUGAAUGGAAGACUGGCGAUGUAUACGCCCCCCGCGAUCUUUCUCCUGGAGAAAUGAGGAAGUGGAGGGCUCGGCAAAGCCCGUCCAUUGACGUUUUCGAUGUUCUCGCCAUCAACCCUUUACACCUGUACACGAACUUCUCGAUCAUGUCGGAUUACAUGAGCGAAAUGGGACGGAUAAAGCCCCGGUCAGUAACUGGCCUGCGUCGUGUAAAUCAACGCAGGAUUGCAAAAGCAAUAAGGAGAGCUGUGGGUCUGGGUCUCAUGCCUAGUGUAUAUCGGCACCCGGAGAUUCUCUUGUUAAAGAACAGGGCGGGGUGA